GGAAAAAAAAAAAUGUAAUUGUUCCAUUAAUUUGGUCUUUGGUUUGACUAGAGUUUUUCCAACCAUAAAUAUGACUUCUACACCUCAACUUUUUCCUUCUUUCUUACCAAAACACACAAAAAAAAAAAAAAAGGGGAAAGGAAAAUCAAAUCAAAUAUUAAACCAUGUCCGGCGAUUGGCUUCAAUUUUACCAUCAAAAUCUCUCUUCCACGGCGGCGCCACCACCUUCCGAUCAUUCCACCUCCGAAAUGUUCUUCGUCGAUCGAGUUUCUGACGCCACCGGGGUUAUCACCACCACCGCCUCCGUCAACACGCUUGGUUCCACUGGAUUGAACCCGGAAGGUCGUGUAGGAAAGCCGGUUCGUCGCCGGUCCAGGGCAUCUCGGCGGACUCCGACCACGUUGCUCAACACGGACACAACUAAUUUCAGAGCGAUGGUUCAACAAUUCACUGGCGGUCCAACUCCACCUUUCACCUCAUCCAUUUCCCCCAAUUUCUCCUUAGGGUUCGGCGGGAUUCAUCAAUCCAAUUUCCCCACUUCCCAGAACGCCACGAUUUCUCCGCCGCCCUCUGGUUACCUAUUACAACAACCACCACAGUUGUACAAUCACAAUCCUCAACAGUUCAUGUUUCCGACAGUCGCACAUGGCGGCGAUUUUCUUCAGAGGCUAUCCGCGCCAAGGCCGGCUAAUGGCGCAGUUGCUGGAGACGGAUUUCUGAUCGAAAGUGCGGUUUCUUCUCAAAUUCCUCCCGCUGGAGCUUCUGCAGAUUCCUCCAACGAGAGCAAUGGGGGUAAUGGCCGCUUACUGUUCUGAUGAGGAAGAAGGAAGUACACUGGCGGCGUGGGCGCCGAUGCCGAUGACUGAACCGGAUAAUUUUUGGGCUGUGUAGAAUUUUUUUGGGUUCAAAUUAUGGGUACUCAUUGGCAAUGGUGAUUGUGAAGUUGGAGUGAAGAAGAAGACUAUACGUUUGUUUUCUUUUGUUAUUUUUUUCUUCUAAUUUUUAAUAUAUAUUUUAAAUUAUUUCUAGGUUUUUAUUUUAUUGGGUGAAAUAUUGAGAUAAAUGUUAGAAAGAAAUAGGGUUUUGGGUUUUGUGUCUUCCAUUUCUUUUCAUAUAUAGGAGAAAAAAUAUAUUAUAUAAAA